UAUAAUUUAGAAAUGGCAAAUAGGGCAAAUAGGCAUGUUGUCGAGGCCAUCCUCGACGAUAAAGUCGAGGAUGGUGAUGUUUAUUAUUUGAUUAAAUGGGCUGGAUAUUCUAAUAGGAGAAACAGUUGGGUCAUCAGUGAUGAUUUGGACGCCGAUUUUUUGCUUCCACAGUAUCUUCAAAAUAAGUCUAAUAAAUUUUUUGAAGAUUUUGUGGAUCAAGAUGAAAUAAAUGAAAAAGAAGAAUUUUUUGAAAAAUCACUUGGGGCAAUAAAUGAAGUUAAUGGAAAAAUUGAAGAAAUUGAAAAUCGUUUGUCAGAUAAAACGAAAGGGAAAGAUUUACGUGGUGUUAAACAAUUAAUUAAUAAAAAUGUACAAACUGGACAGGAAAUUCAGGCAAAAAACAAAGAAAAAUGAAUA